UUCUAUGAAAGGUCACCCAGCCCAAGUGUCCGUAUAAAACUUGCUACAGAUGAUACCAUGUUAUGCUCAAUGUUAGUUGACAUUUUGUAUACACACCAAUGUCUGUACGUGAGCUGUUUUCAUAGGCACAUGCUCAUGCCCAUCACUGUCACAUUUCGAGUUGAGAAAUAUUAAUUGAAUAGUUAUAAUUUGUAAGAAGCACAUCUGAGUUCGUUUAUCACCAUCAUGGGGAAGCACAAGGCGUAUGGGAGCAAUCCGAGGAAGCGAAGGAGAAUACGUUUUGUACCGAAGUGGCUGGAGAAACACGGCACCCAAGAUGGAGCACCACUCCCACCACCGAACUCGGUCAAUGACCCUGAGGCAAUCCAGGAGCUCAUUCUCUGCGCAGUAGAUGGUAACAUCAUCGCAGUCCGGCUGUUAGCCCAGGCCGGGGUGAACGUCAACAGCCCAGACGGGGAUGGUUGGACGGCCUUACAUCACGCUGCCAGUGAGAACCAGCAGGACAUUGUCAAAGUGCUAACGGGUGAGUGCGGAGCAGACAUGUCUAUCAAGACACCGAAGGGACUCACGGCGUCCGAUUUGGCUGGGAGGAAAGAACUCGGGGGAGGGUCGGCAAACCCAUCAUCAUCAUCAUCAUCAUCAUCGAUGUCAUCACCAAUGUCAACGCGAUCCAAGAGAUUGUCAUCAUCCUCCUCGACCGAAGGAUCAGGACGGUAUUGAGCAUUAGCUGAGACUAAACAGCCUCUUAGAAAUACAAAAAUUGGCGGAGAUGACAGAAUCAGCUGCCUGUAAUAUACAACGAACUUUCGCCCCCAAUAAUAAAAAAGAAGAUGAAGACCACCAUCUUCGUCACUUAAACUUAAUUCAAACAUGCACUGUUGUUAUUGCCCCUCCCCCUAAAACGAAGGGGAAAAACUUCAGAUUCCAGUAAACGGUGUAUGGCCUACAGUCAGCCCUCGUUGUUAAUGAGCAAGAUGCAAAGAGUUUCUACUUAUAAAGAGUCCAUUUUGAAGUCCCAAAUAUCACAUCUGCUUUGUGUUUCACAACAACGUAUGUGUCAUAUUUAAAGAGGUAAUUUUGGGCAGUCAGUCCCACAUUGCAGCGACUUAUUAUAACGGGAGUCGACUGUCGUUUUCUAUGGCAUUACUUUUAAAGAAAGAACAAAAAUGAGAAAAUAAGCUAAUCAGAUGUAAAGGUGCAGAAUAUUGUACAAUGUGAAUAAACUGUUUAAAUGUUUCAUUUAGUUGAGUUUGUGUAGAACUAGUGAUUACUAGUCCCGACUAUCCUGUUUUUGCUUAAAAUGCUCCUAGAUUUAAUGAUUAAACUAGCAUUUUGCAGAAUAUCAAAUACACAGGUAAAAAGGGGUAACAAUUUUAAGUGGGAAAUACCGUAAAGAAAUAUAACUGAACUUAAUUGAUUGCUCAAUUAUAUUUUGGUAACAACUUCAGAGGUAAGGUUUGAUUCCAUCCAAUAUACACUCUGAAAACUCCCGGAUCACAACUACAAGAAAAGAACUCUUACUAUA